CCCCGCCCCGGGCAGGGCCUGCCCUGCCGGCCGCCGCUUCCCGUUUCCGGAAGAUUUCUUUCGACGAUUUUUUUGCCGGUUGGGGGUUGUGGAGGAGGUGAUUCUCUCGGUAAAUUGCGGCAGCGUCGGUGGCCAUGAACCCCGAGAUGCUCGGCCCAGGCUGGGAAUGGUCCGUCCUGUCAGGGGGAAUCCAGCAGCAGUGGCGUGGAAGAGUCACUCAGGAUUUCCGAAACCACCUUGUUCAUAAAUUGUAGUAGCUAAUAUCAAAACUGUCUCCUGCCAGAGUCCAAGCCAUAUUUCCCACUCCUGACCCCCGCAGACCUCCUGACCCUGAAGGAUCGGCGUAUGGAGAAUCUGGUGGCGUACGCUCGGAAAGUGGAAGAGUAUAUAUUUGAAUCAGCAAAAAGCUGGGCAGAGUACUGUUACUUGGUAGUGGAGAAGAUCUAUGAGAUUGAGAAAGAAUUGGAGGAGAAACAAAGAACCAGGCUGCAGAAGCAGAACAUGAUCCCAAGUGCUCCGGGCAUGCCACAGGCUCCCAUGAAUCAAGGGCCCAACAUGGGACAGCCCCAGCCAGGGAUGUCUACAAUGCUGGAAAAUUGAUCAGGAAAGCUGAAGCUGGAGGAUUCCUAAUGCUAUGGAAAUCUGCUGAUCAAGUUGCACCCUGUAGGCUUUGCAAGCUCCUCGUUACUGUCCUGUAAUUAGGCUGUGACCCCAAUCACUACCCCAGAUUCCCAGCAUGAUCGGCACCGACAGUGACACUCCUUCGCGUUUAUAGAGUGACAGGCUGUGGCCUCGUGCUGACGCCUUUGGAAGAGCAAUCCACGUGUGUCUGGAGGAUGGGAGAGCCUGUGGAAUGAACCCUGUCCGUGCUGCCUCACUUCCACCUGCGAGAGGCCGCACUGUACACGCCAGAGACGGGCUGUGCCUGCGCUCCGCACAUCCGUUGGGUAGCUGCUCACUGCAAAGUCCGUACAGGGUAGGAGUGUUCAGCACAGGCUUUGGUUGGUGGGUUGGUUUUUUCUUUUUAAUUUCUACAAUUUCAGCACAAUGAAGGCAAGAACAAAGUGAAAGAGAAUGGGAAACAGUUCACCAUCUCGGCGGGGCGCAGCUUUUGCGUAAAAGGGAAUGGAUGGCAGAGACGUGGGGCGAGACGCUGCCUUCCUGGCAGCCGGCUGGGGUGAGGGUUGUUGCUUGUCCGGCACCGCUGGGACCGCGCCGCUCUUCCAUGGGGAACAACAACGCCAAAAGGGAGAGAAGCAUUUGCACUCUGAAGAACCCAUGGCUUGAAGCCUCUUUUGCACAGGUAGUAGGAUUUUUUGCCAAAUAAAACAUCGCUUUUUUGUGCAUGAA